CCGAAGGAGUCAGUGGUUAUAGGGCAGAAGAGGGCCGGGAGAGGCGAGAGUAGAGUGGGAGAGUGAGGAGAGGCAUUGAAACAGUCAUGAGGUGGACGUGGUGAUUUUUUUUGUAUUCAUUUCAAAGUGUCUCAGUGGACGGUAGGCUGACGAGAUGGCGGCUAAAAAGUACCUGACGCCGGAGCAGCUCUUGGGCUUUGAGAACUAUAAGUAUAGUGCACAAGACACCAGUCCACUGAGCAACUAUGUUAUGCACCCUUUCUGGAAUACUGUUGUGAAGAUCUGCCCCCGCUGGAUAGCCCCCAAUGUGCUCACCUUUGUAGGGUUCCUCUUCACGGUAGCCAACUUUGUUCUACUGACCAUAUACGACUAUAGUUACUAUGCUUCUAGUAAAGAACCACCAGGGGACAAGUACCCACCCAUCCCAAGCUGGGUGUGGUUGGUAUGUGCCUUCAACCACUUCAUGGCUCACACACUGGAUGGAAUUGACGGCAAACAGGCAAGGCGGACAGGUACAAGUGGUCCGCUGGGGGAGCUGUUUGAUCAUGGGCUGGACUCAUGGACUACUUUCUUUAUCCCCUCCUGCAUCUGGUCGGUGUUUGGGCGUGUUGACUACAGUAUUACACCACUCAGGUUUUACUUUGUGUUAUGGAAUGUUAUCGUCUGUUUCUAUAUGUCACACUGGGAGAAGUACCUCACCAAGAUCCUCUUCCUGCCGUGGGGAUAUGACCUUUCCCAAAUAAUCAUCUUUGUCAUCUAUCUAGUCACGGGACUCUUUGGUCAACACAUUUGGAAGUUUGAGCUGGUCAAUGGCUUGUCUUCAGGAGUGAUGUUUGAAGUGAUGAUGUAUGCAGGCUCCCUUGGUACAUCACUUCCCAUGUCCUUCUGGAAUAUAUACAAGUCUUAUAAAGACAAGACUGGUAAGAUGCUUGGCUUCUGGGAGGCCAUGCGCCCACUGUUCACCCCACUGGUGUUCUUUGCUCUGGGUACGGCUUGGGUCUACCAGUCAGGCUCAGACAUUAUAAACAAAGACCCCAGACUGUACCUCUUCACGAUUGGCACCAUAUUUGCCAAUAUUAAUUGUCGCCUGAUUGUGUCUCAGAUGAGCAACACUCAGUGUGAGCUGAUGAACUGGUUGAUGUUUCCUCUUGCCCUGUGUCUAGUCAUUGUUGUGGUGUUCCCCAGCCUCGAGAUGGCAACUCUGCUCUUCAUGAGUGGUGUUGCCACCAUUGCUCACAUCCACUAUGGAGUUUAUGUUGUGCGUCAGAUGUGUGAACACUUCCACAUCAUGUGUUUUAGCAUCAAGGAUCGAGCAGAUUGACUACUCGCCGACAGUGCAUAAGACUUCUGCAGGUGGCUGCCCUUGAAACCAUGGAAGAAUAAGUUUCAUUGUUUAUAUGACUGCAAACUGUUGAUGGUAAUAUUUAAAAGUUGAGAAAAAAGGUAUAAAAUGUGGCCCACAGUUAUACAUAUCACAGUGUAGUUCACAGUGGCUCACACUAGAGUAGUGAACAAAACUGUUAAAUACGGUUGUUCUUUGUAAGGCUUUCAAUACACUAAAUUUCAAAGUUUAUGAAACAAAUUAGACUUCAGAUUAACUUGUUAAUAAUUGAUCAACUGCUCAAUAUUUAGGACAUGUCUCAAUAGGCUCUAAGGACAAAUUUUGAUCGUUUAGCAGUAUCUUUUUUAACAGGAUUGACACAUUAAUCAAAAUCCCACCAUCAGAUAGAGUUGAGUGAUGGACACUAACUUGAUUGAGGGUCACCUGUAGGAUGGUACUUUGAGGUAAGUUUUCAAUGUGGUACAAAAUAUGCGAUGAACAAGACAAUAAGGAUCUUAGCUAGGAUUUGGGGGGUUCAGAGAAGCUAAUAUAUUGGGUUCUCAUCUCUGCUCAUUAAAAAUUCUCUCCUAAGAUGGGAUAGCUGAAGUUUAGCUGACAUUGAGUGUUACAGUCAGACUAGAAUGCUUCCAGCCAUGCUCCUUGUUUCUCUGCUGCAUCCUCACUGCUUCAUUGUGAUUCCUCACUGAUGACACGAUGUUAGGGCCGCCUCGUACACUCUGUGAUCGAACGGGUCUUGGUAUCCAGUUUUCAUUUGUUGCUUUGUGCCUUGAGUUGUGUCUUCUGGUGGGGAAUUGGAUGAUAAAUGGUGCAAUGUUUACUAGCCUGUAACUCUAGUCAUUUCUAGUUUCCUGGGUUAAGCCAUUCCUUGCCUCCUCCCCUGCCCUUCCAACAGUAGCCAGUUGGGUGUAAGGUCGUGCACAUUUUGGUGUGGUAACAGAACCAGCUAUGUGUGUCAUGUUUCUCCAUAACAUGUACAAACCUCGAAAGACUUCUUUGACCAUACUACUACUACUAUUAGAUUUGUAAUAUGAAAUCUAGUCAGAAAAAUAUGUACGCAUACUGUAUAGUACUCAUUUUAGGGACUUACUUCACCACAUUUGGCAACAUGUUUAUGAAAUGCAACAUGAGUCACUAGCAUAGAUAUCUCAGCAUCUGAGGACUAUUCUCCACCUUAUCUUUUCCAUUCAUUUUAGGAUAACAAUGUGUAAUGUCUGGAGAUGGGAGUCAGUUCUUCAUUACACAGCUUCCAUCUCCAAGCCCACAGUAAUCUUGGCUCAGUCAGUCUGAAUCUGCCAUCACUGAAACAUUUUGAGUGAGGCAGCACAGUGGCGUGAUGAUGCAUUACUGGGUAGCUCCUGCUGUAAUACUUAGGUAGAGUGCAGCUUGUAGGGAGGGGUGUCACUUUGCAAGUUUUUGGUGUGUUUUAUCUACCAUUAAUUACCAUUGAUGUGUCUUGUCCCCCAAAAUUUCACAUGUACAGAAUUCCCCAAACCCAAGAAUUUGCCUAAGAGUUGGCUUUCCAAGUCCUGACAGAGUGCAUGGGGUUUGUGUAUAUAGACCAAUGAUCAUUUUAAUGUGUGUAUAAAGAAGUGGAAAUUCCCAUACCCAGUUAUUAUUCCGAGCUGAGAGCAUGUAUUCCGAUGUGCUUUGUGGCUAAUCUUUAAUCACACUGCAGUAACAAUCAGCCAGAUAGUACAAUCGCUGGAACUAAUCAAGUCCCGCAUUGCUGUGCUAAUGUGUCUGUAAUAACCACCUAAUCAGAUGCAUCAUGGUCAUGGAAUGUAAUGCUCUCUAAAAGAAAAAUAACAUCUUAAGUGGUUCAGGUCAUUUAACUUAUUUAAAUUAUUCUGUAUGCUAAGAUAGAUUCACAACUUAAUAUACUACAUUAAUUUCCUUUUCACAUCUAUAUGUAUAUUUAUACCAGACUGAUAUUCACCGUGGAGGGAGUAGCCAAGACAAGGUGCUAUGCAUGAACUGAGUGAGAAGUGAAAGGCAAAGGGGAAUUGGUCAAUAGAGGAAGGAGCUUUACAUUGGCUCUAAAGAGAGAGAAUGGAUAGGUAAAGAAAUUAAGCAGGUGUGAUGUGAGAGUGCAUGACGAAAAGGAAGACCAUGAAUGAGAUGGAUGGACAGGUGCAAGAGGGAUGUCUUUGUGGCACGGAGUGAUUAGAGAGCAGCUGUGAAUGUAUAGAUGAUGACUCGACCUUCAGACCCUCAAGGAAAAGCUCUCUCCUCAUCUAGUCGGGCAAACUGAUUUGUUGUAAGAAAGGGAAUGAGUUUAUGGUGUGAAAGCUAAAGAUUUAGUGUGCAUUUUAUCCUUUUGAAGUGUGGUUAUUAAGGAUCCAUGUUCUUUCUCACUAAAGGACAAGAGGUUGAGUCUUAAGGGAAUGCUUGUGUGUGUUUGUGGAGCUUAUCUUGAUUAAGCCCUCUUUGGGGAAUGCUAGUCUGGUAUGUAUGUGCGUAUGGCAUGUUCAAGCUUAUGUACUUUACUUAAAUAAUUUAUUCUUACCAGAAGCUGUUUUGCCACAUUUUACAAGAAAAAAAACUUAUGGCACUAUGAAUAAUUAAGUGUCACUUUUGUGUCAGAUUUGCCUUUGAGUCAUGUGUGUAGGGAGUGAGGGAAACAGACGAGAGUGGUGUGAAUGAGAUGAGAUGGAUGGUGUGCAUGUAUUUUGAUGAGGGAGAAGGAUCACUGUAGUUCCACUGUUUUAAGAAAUUUAGAGCAUGACAGAAAGCAAUUUCUCACCAGUGGCAUUCUAAGGAGCACUUCAUGUAGAUGGGAGCAUGUGGCAAUAUUGGUGAGUGUAUCUUAGUGACCAAGUACAGUCUGUAAACUACUUUGUUGUAUACAAUAAACACCCUCACUGGAACUGUGAACGCUGUGUAUUACUAACACCUGAUUUCUGCACUUCGUAUGGAUCACUUGUCUUCUAGCUGUUACUAGUCAUCUCUUGUGCAUGCUCUUUCUCUCUGGCUGGCUAACUAACUUGCUUCUCUGAUUGUUAAGGUGCAGGGCUUCAAGUUUCCAUCACAUAGACGCCAAACAUUUCAGGUAUCACUAUCAUGAACUCUUAUGUCAUAUUAGUCAAAUAUUCUGCCUUGAGUUUUGAUUAUAGGCAGUCUGUUGGCCAAAAUGAUUCAAGCUUUUCAUGCAUGUGUUGUCUGGAGUUAUUGCGUGAAAUGUGGGAAUGUUAUGGUUAGCUAAGGUGCACAGCAUGAGUAAAGGUGUCACCAUGAAGAGGGGCAGAGAGGAUACCAUACAUAGGCUGUAAUGGAGGGUUAUAUAUCUUAUAGCUGUCAUUCAGUUGUUUUGUAUAACUUUGAUUUUUAUUUAUUUUCUAUUUAUAUUAUUCAGUUUAAAUUGAUGCUUGUGGAAGCCUUUGGUUCAUAAGAGUGCCUUUCUCAGACAUAUUUAAAUGCAAAGUGAGCUUGCAAAGUUUGAUCGUUUAUACUUGUGAUUUUGUUUGAAGUGUUCAUCUCAUCUGAAUUUUUUUUUAGUCAAAAAGUUUUGUAUAGUGGAUUAUUAUUCAUUGCUUGAUUUUCACAUUUUUAAUUGGGCUUUUUAUACCUUUUUUCAGUUAGAUUAGAUCAUGCACAUGAAUAUUUGUACUAAUUUUUUUAUAAAUAAUUUUAAUUUUCAUUUAUUUAAAUACCUAUUAUCUAUUCUAAUGACCUUUUAGUAUUAGAUAUCAACAGAGCAGUUAUUUUAACAGUGAAAUGAGUUAUUUAACACUGAAAUAUAUGCAGCUUGCAUUAUCACUUGAUAAUUUUGGCAGCAUACACUUGCAUGGUUUCGUAAGGGUCUUGUCUGUCCAACUGCAGAAUUCUUUGCACUGUCCCUCGGACGUCCUUAUUAUUUAUAGAUAUAUACUAUAUACUUUUUUUUUCAUUAUUAUUGUUUUUUCUUAUGGUAUAGAAUGGUUCAUAGAGAUGAUAUUCUGAUUAUCUCCUUGUGAAGUUCCUUCCAGAUGGUGUCACUUUUAUACCACCAAGUUAAAUGGAAAUAAACGAACUGUGAAUUUUGUAUGUAUGUAUGUAUGUUUUUUUUUUUUUUUUUUUUUUUUUUUUUUAUAUAUUUUUCCCUCAUAUAUAUUUCUGCUAGAUGGUGUAUAUGUGUACAUAACAACAGAUAGUGAUCUGUGUGUCGACUGUCCUGAAGAGCUCUCAGCAGCUUGGUGAGGCUGCCAUGUACUGCAAGAUGUGUGGCGGCACCAACCCUGCAGAUUUGGUUAACAUUCACUUCAUUAUAAUAUCUUAGAUUUUAUUAUGGGGUCACAGAUUGCUUUUUUUUUUUUAACACUUUGCAUGCUAUUACAUGAUUGAAUAUUUGACUUUACUAAACAAGAAAAUUAUAACUGGCUAUUAAAAGACUACUUAUGCUAUUCCUUAGUUUGGCAUUAGAACUGUCUUUCAAAAUGUCACUGUAAUCUUGCAGCAGAUACUUUAGUCAAGCUCAAGAAAAACCAUAGCAGUCAAAAAGUUACGACAAAUUUGUGUGGGACUGUGGAGGUGAAAGCAAAAUAUGUGAUGUAUGAUGUCAAUAUGCAGUAAUGAAGUUGUAAUUAAAAAUAACUAAUUAUUGAUAUUGCUUCCUCUAUGUAGCUCCAAAACUCCAAAAAAAUGAAUUGGAGAAGGGUUGGACUUGGGUAGGGAUAUUUAUUCCAGAAACGUCUUGAUGCUUCUGUUUUGGCUGAGUUCCAGAGUUUACAUACACAAACAAUUUUUGAAAAACUUUUUCAUCUCAAGAUCAAUGUUACAGUUACAACAUUUGCUUUUUGUAGCACUUUGUGUAUUCAUUUUGGUUUGUGAUAACUAACAGUUGUGUUUUUAUAAUUUGAUUCUGGUAAAUAAUGUUCAUCUAAAUGUAGUGUUUUAUUGUAAGUCUAAGAACACAAAUCUCAGUUGGUCUGUGUUUCUGGAGAAGCAUCCAUGAGGGAACACAGCCACUGGAGAGAGUGUGCAUGCUGUGACUGAGGAAGUCCCCACCACACAACAAUUGAACGUGUGAUAUUGUCUUCGCUUCAUCAUUGUGUUGCUCACAUCACUGUCUAGGUAGAGUCAGCUCGCCAAGGUGACAAGUGUAUGGUGUUUGAAAUUCCAUAGGAAGUAUUGUACAUAUGUAGUUGCUUCUUUAAGGUAGACUAGUGUAUAUUUUGUAUUUAUUAAGUACUAAUUUAUUGGGCUUUUUUUUGAAGCUCAGACAUUUUGUGAAUUUGAACUUAAGGUAAUCUUAACUUAAAUUUAUUCUUAAGAAAAUCAGAUGAUAUCUCUCUCUCUCUCUCUCUCUCUCUCUCUCUCUCUCUCUCUCUCUCUCUCUCUCUCUCUCUCUCUCUCUCUCUCUCUCUCCACACUACCACAUAGCUUCAUCACAGUCUAGCAGUAGGUGAAAUAUCAAAAACAUCUUUUGUAACAUUACGUCAUUAUUUUUUUAAUUAUGUAUUUGUUUUAUAUUGUAAUACAUUAUAUUUAGAAUAAGCCAGUACUCGUUAUAAUUUGUGACAUACAUAAUACUUUUUCCGUAUUUUUAUUAUGAUAAUAUAACUGAAGUACAUUUUUCAUGGUGUGUGUGUGUGUGUGUGUGUGUGUGUGUGUGUGUGUGUGUGUGUGUGUGUGUGUGUGUGUGUGUGUGUGUGUGUGUGUGUGUGCACCAGGGUCCCAUUAGAUGAAAUUUCAGAAUAUGCAAACUAUGUACAUACAGUGUAUUACUGUAUCCUGAACCUGACUUAAGUUCUCUGCAUCUCAGUGCACCAGUCAUAUGGACUUGCUUACUGAGGAUCUACUACUAGAUUAACAAACACUAACUUGCUUUCACUGCUCUCAUGUAAGGAUUUUCUGGGUGUCCUCAGUCUGCGAUAAGUGCUGGUAAUCUGGUUAGGUGUUUCAAAUCAGGGAGUAAUUUUCAAUUUAAUAUAACAUUACUUUUGUGUUCUAGUUCUAUUUUAGUCCAUUGCCAUUUUAUGAAAAGUGCCAGAAUAUAUACAGGAUUCCAUUUGAUUAUAAUUUGAAAUCAUUACAGGUGGAGCUUUUCAGCUUAUGAUAUUGUUUUGUUCUAAUUCUGCUCUAGUACAUUACUAUUCUUAAAAUGGUGGAAUUAACAUUUAUGGGGUUACAAGCUGGAUCUUUAUGUGUAGCUUCUUAUAAAUGAUGUCAUGGCCUUAUAUAUAGUAGUUAUUUCCUCUAUACUACAAUGUGUGUAACAAGACUCUGGUGCAUAUACUCUUCAUUAUGUAUAAUAUGUAAGUGUAAUUCAAACUCAUUCAGUGAAGCUUUCAUUGUGGCUGCUGCAGAUGGUUGAAUUUCACAAUGUUAGGUUAGAACAAGUUGGCAUUUUGUCACACUGUUGGUAAAGCACAGCACUGAGUAUGCACUGAGCUGCUGCACAAUAAAUCAGUGCAGAGAGAGGCAUUUACAUACAUUUAUAUUCAGUGUAAUUUGUGCAAAUUUACAUAUGAAUUUUUAUUGAUUUGUUUAUAUGUUUAUAUUCAUUAAUUUAUUUAUUUAUGCUACUAUACUAUUUUGUGAUGCACCAGCAGAUGUAUUUCGAUGCUAACCUCUUGCAGAUAAUAAUUAAACGCACUCAUUACA